CUUGGCCAGGCCGAGAGGCGGGUGUGUGCUGCCGGGCGUGCGGGUGAGCCGCAGAGCUGCUGACGGUGAGCUCCGCGCGUGGCGACGAGGUUAACGCGCGUCUGACUGCCGGCACCCUGUGAGGCCGACGUGACAACCACCUGUAAAAACAAGCAUCUGAGGGAAAACUCUGGGUUCUCAGUAUCAGCACGGAUUUCUCAAAUUACUGGAAGGUGGAGAAUCAGCAGCAGUGUUGAAUGUGCCACCCCCCGCUCGUCAGAUGGCUUGCUUGCAAAGGAAAGGAUUGCAGGCCAGGAUUCUCACCUCUGAAGAAAAGGAGAAACUGCAAAGUGACCAAGCUUUGGUGUCUGAUUUUAAACAGCAAAAGCUGGAAAAUGAGGCUCAGAAAAACUGGGACCUUUUCUACAAAAGAAAUAGUACCAAUUUUUUCAAGGAUAGACACUGGACCACCAGAGAGUUUGAGGAGUUAAAGUCAUGCAGGGAGUUUGAAGGUCAGAAGUUGACUCUCCUCGAAGCUGGCUGUGGAGUCGGGAACUGUUUAUUCCCACUUUUAGAGGAAGAUCUGAAUAUCUUUGCCUAUGCCUGUGAUUUUUCUCCAAGAGCAGUUGAAUAUGUUAAGCAAAAUCCACUGUAUAAUACAGCGAGAUGCAAGGCAUUCCAGUGUGAUCUCACUAAAGAUGACCUUUUGGAUCAUGUGUCGCGGGAGUCUGUCGAUGUUGUCAUGUUGAUAUUUGUGCUGUCAGCUAUUCACCCUGAUAAGAUGCACCUUGUCUUAGAGAACAUUUACAAGGUAUUAAAACCAGGGAAAAAUGUCCUCUUCCGUGACUAUGGGCUGUACGAUCACACUAUGCUUAGGUUUAAAGCCAGCAGCAAACUUGGAGAAAACUUUUAUGUUAGACAAGAUGGAACCCGAUCAUAUUUUUUUACUGAAGAUCAAAGUGUCAAAUCAAACACCUAUCAAAAGAUUGUUUCGGAUGCCUUCACUUGGUGUCGCUAUGGUGUAACCCCCAAAGAAAGAGGCAUGUAUUCCUCGGGUGGAGAGGACCGAAAGGAAAUGUGUCCGGUGGGCUUCAGAAUCCUGAAAAGGUGCGUGGACCGUCGGUCCUGCUGACAGUCCUCCGUCUGUCUGUGGUGUUUUUGGUCACAGUUGUCCUCCAUUACAAGGGCCUCUGCUUUUGCUCGUCACUGGCUGAGGAUGCAGCGGUGAAGCAGGCCAGCAACAUCUUCAGACACAGCCUGGAGUUGUUUCUACCAGCAGGAGCAGUGAUGGUCCGCAGUUCUUGUCAGUAAAGCCAGGCUGCAAGUGCUGGGGUAUCUCAAGCUGGUCCAGUAAUAUCCCCACAUCCAGCAGUAGCGAAGUAGCCACUCAGGGACACGUCCCUCCCCCACCGGCACUGCCAAAAUUUAUUGGUUGGAAGACAUACUCCUUAACUGAAUGGGGAGACCUAAUUCACAUGUGUUUUAGCUGUGAGGCAGUAAAAUGGUUUAAAUAACUCAAAACAGUUUUUUUCAAAAACAGUUUUUAAAAAUUAAGCAUAAUGAAAGGGUGCCCCCUUCCCUGCUGUCUCCGUGUGCUCUCUGGGUACACCACUACUGUGCCCCCAGGUGAAGACACCAGGGAGAAGGUUCUCCACGAUUUGCGUGCCCAAGAGAGGGAG